CCCGUGUCGUGAGGAUUAGCUAAUCAUCGAGGCCAUAACGAACGCCACUCAGAGUGAGCUGACAGGAAUGUAGGGAAAGAAAAAGAAAAGAAAAUAUAUAUAUCAUAUUUUACCCCUUAGUAUAGUCGAUUAGGAGGAUGCUUACUCGGUGCCUUCCCAUUUGAAUCCCAACAGGUCACAGGUCACCCCCCUUCUCGACAUUCUAUGUACUAAAGAUUCUCAAGUAUAGGUUUUCAAGACCAAUUCCUAUCCACAGAGAAACAGAGACUGCUAGUACAGAGCCACAUCUACUCAAGUUAUCAUCCUCACUCUUCCUCUGUAUUGGUUAUCUGAUACCAUACCACCAGCUAUCCUUGUCCAUUUCUCACGAUGGCACCACAUAUCGAAGGAUUAUCAUCCACUGGAAACUUCGCUAGCAAUCUGGACAAGUUGUCCUUGAAUUCGACUACGUCUACAAGGUUAGACAGAGUUCAUACAAGAGGCCGCGUGAAUGCUAUUCGUUCCUUAGUCCCGGGAGUUUAUGUGCCAACACUUUGUUUUUUCGACCCCAAGACGGAAGACAUAGACACAGAUUCCAUUGCUAGUCAUGCAGUACGACUAGCCCAGGCCGGUGUCACAGGUAUUGCAACUCAAGGUUCGAAUGGCGAAGCUGUUCACUUAACACAUGCCGAACGCGAGCUAGUAACGGCAACGACUCGUUCCGCAUUGGACCGUACCGGUUUCUCACAUGUUCCGGUGAUAGUUGGCUGCGGUGCCCAGAGCGUCCGUGAGACGGUCGAGCUCUGCUGUGAAGCGGCGGAAGCAGGGGGUGACUAUGCGCUCCUAUUAGCCCCGUCAUACUACGCCACACUGUUCGCCCCGUCUUCGGAAACGGUUGUGAGGUAUUUCAGAGAGGUGGCUGACGCCUCUCCCAUCCCCAUCAUCAUCUACAACUAUCCAGGGGCUGUCAACGGGUUAGAUCUCUCCUCUGAUAUAAUCUUGACUUUGGCCCAGCACCCCAAUAUCGUCGGUGUCAAACUCACUUGUGGGAACACUGGCAAGCUGAACCGUAUCGCCUCCGCUGUGAGAGAAGCUACGUUCACUCAGAAAGGGAAUGAUUCUGUCAAUCCGGGUUUCUUGGUACUCGCGGGCUCCGCCGACUUUACGAUCCAGUCUCUCAUCGCUGGGGGUCACGGCAUUCUCGCAGGACUGGCUAACAUCGCACCAAAGGCAUGUAUCAAGACGUUCGAGCUAUACAAGGAAGGUAAGAUGGAAGAAGCACAAAAGAUGCAGGAAGUCGUGUCACGAGGGGACUGGACGGCCAUUCAAAACGGGGUUGUCGGCGUAAAGUCUGGGCUCCAGUCGUGGCUGGGAUACGGCGGGUUCACCCGGAGCCCGCUUCCCAGACCAACAAGCGAAGAAUCCAAGGCGUGGAAAGAGGGGUAUCGAGAAUUGAUGACACUGGAGAAGACGUUGUUGUAACAGGGCUGCUGUGACCCGAGGGACUGGCAAGCCCCGGCCGGCUGCCACGUUCACUCGCUGGCAUUUAAUGGAGCGGACGAGCGUUCUCUCACCUUACGUCUUGGGGUCGCUAAGGCAUCUAUUGGUUGAUAUACUUUUGUUUCUUGCGCUACUGCGUCAGUUGAUCAUGCGAUUGUCAGUCGGGCAGAUGUACGGCAUACACGCAGCAUAGGAGUGAAGGGUGAGAGUCACGCAACAUCUUUGCAGACUACUCGCCUAAGCUUGUUGUGAUUUGGACUUCAUCUGUAUAGAAAUCAUGGUAGAUUGAAGCGUGUCAUGAAUAUGAUUCUCCUAUAUCAGCCAGGUAUUCCAUCAUCGUCUUAGUCACCGUUCACAUCCC